AUGAAAACCAGAGGACAUGGCAAAGCUAAUGUUGGAUUCCGAAUAUUGGCACGAAAACGUCAACGAUCAAGGCGCGGGCUUACGCAAGAUGACUACUAUCCUCUCAGGCUGACUGUACUUCAAGAGCAGGUCUCACGAGGAAUACUUCAUCAGACUGUAUGUCUAAGGGCAUUGUCCUCGUUUAUAGCGACUGUCGAAAUCACACAUGGGCUCUAUACUGGCUUCUCCACAUCCCUUGAUAAUAUUGCGAUACUUCCGACCAAGAAGCACAUCGAGACUAUCAGAAGAAGGGAAUUUGCCUGUUCCAAGAUCACAAAGAACCAUAUCAGAUUCAUCAGUUUCGAAGCUCUAGGCGGAAUUUCGGGGAAGGGUGAGUUGCUGGCAAUCAGCUGA